AUGAACGACUACCCGCAACUGCAACAUGUCUCACCUCUGGCCUCGAACGCGAGCGCGCUCUCAACCACUGCUACAGAGAAGGCUCAGUCUGCAAUCUCGUUUCUCGAUCUGCCAGCAGAAAUUCGAAAUAUGAUCUACUAUCACCUCUUCCCCGAGGGUCGCUCGGCGGUGCAGCUCCUGAAGCGCUGCAAGGGAACGGGCUUUAUCUCCAUGUCCGAUCGCCUUGGUAUCAUGGCUACGUGCAGUCAGAUCUAUGAGGAGGCGAAGAGCGUCCUGCGAUCUCAGCAUCGAUUGAUCAUCGUCAUGCCCAAGACACUCGAGGGGCUGCUUCAGAGUGUCUGGAUGGAAGACGAGGUUUACUAUGACGCAGACGACAUAGACUUCUUCCCUAACUUCAUCCUCCAACACGUAAUUGCUCCUGAAGGGAUCCGUUUGGAUUACGAUCUUGACAAUCGAACAUUGAUCAGAAAUACGCCAGGGCUCCUGUACACCAAUCAAUGGCUGCGCAACGUAUGUAUCUCGGAUCCUGCUGGCGCUCAAAUUUCAGCCACUUUGAGAACUACAACAGCAAAAUCUACUUUCCAGGACUUUGAGACGCUGGAGUCAUGGAUCAAAGAUGGACACGCCAAUUCUACUUCCUGGAAUGAGCCAGUGAACUUCCACACCACGAUUUUUCUAGCAUUCGACAUCAGCGUUCACACCGGGUCUGAAGAAGUCCGACUCGAUGCAACUGCUUUCUUACGUGCAACACGCAGGAUUUUCAACCCGUACAUCGUACAAGUGGAAGUCGGAGUCUCUGGAAAUUGGGAGGUGGGCCCUUCCCCGGUCACUGAUAUUGAGAGGAGGGUGUUAUUAUUCAUGUGGAAGAUAAUCCAAUGUCAUCCCGAACGUCGAACUGAACCAUGCCCGAUCAUAUGGGUCGACGAAAUGCUCCUACCUCGAGAGGCGGAGUUUGAUGGCAAGAACAGCGAAGUCCGCGUUGUGACCGAUCGAGGGUUGUUGGAGCAUGAGGCACCAAUGGAUCUAGUUACUGGUUCGAAUCAUGCGGUGGAUGUCCUGGUACAUUUGGGGGAUCCAGACUACAGUGGAUCAGAAGAGCCGACAGAUUUCAACGCCACCCUUCUUGAGGUAGAUUUCGAUGCGGGCUCACUGCUUGGAGUCGCAGCGGACCUCGCUCGGCGUAUCGAUGACAGCGCGAACACCCUUUGGUGA